AUGGCUGAAGAUGUCAAUAAGCUUUAUCAACUGAUGAAGGUUAUGCUUCCAAUGCAAACAUCAGAUGUUAUUUCUGAUUGUAAAGCAAAAUUUCAGCGGGAGUUUAUUGGUGCCUCUGUGGAGCCAAUGAUGAUAAUAACAGAACUUUUGGAAGGUUGUUCGCUUCAAAAAUACCUGGAGAGCAUCUAUCCAAGUACUCUGAGUUUAGAGCAAUCCAUAAGUUUUGCUUUGGAUAUUUCUCAAGCUAUGGAGUAUUUGCAUGCGAAUGGAAUCAUUCACCGCGAUCUAAAACCUGGUAAUAUGCUUCUUGCCAAAGACAAAAUGCAAAUUUUACUUACAAACUUUGAGACAGCCAGAGAGGAGAUAUCUGGUGGGAUGACUUCUGAGGCUGGUACAUAUCGGUACAUGGCUCCUGAGAUAUUCAGCAAGGAUCCACUUUCAAAAGGUGAAAAGAAAUGCUAUGACCACAGGGCUGACGUCUAUAGUUUUGCUAUGGUUCUGUGGGCCAUAGUUAAAAAUCAAACUCCAUUUAAAGGAAGGAGUGACUUGUUGGCAGCAUAUGCUACUGCAAAAAACAUGAGGCCUAGUGUGGAGGGUUUUCCAGAAGUUCUACUUCCCUUAUUGCAGUCUUGUUGGGAAGAAGACCCAAAGCUACGACCUGAAUUCUCAGAGAUCACCCAAAUCCUUGAAAAGCUUCUCCACAACUACCACUCAACAGAGAUAUCACCUGAGGAAAAAGGGUUUCCAACUACAAAUAUGCAGGAACCUAUCCCUAAUUAUGCCUUUUUUAUUUUUGUGGCUCUGAGAGCAAGUGAUUCUAAACUAAUCUAUAUGGGGGCUGGGGAAGAGAGCACAACGAAACCUUCUAAAUCAUCUUCAUCAGCUCAGCAGGAGACACCAACAGUGCCUGCAUAUCCUGAUUGGUCAAGCUCCAUGCAGGCCUAUUAUGCUCCUGGAGCCACUCCGCCUCCCUUUUUUGCCUCAACUGUUGCUUCCCCAACUCCCCAUCCCUAUUUAUGGGGAAGCCAGCAUCCUUUGAUGCCACCAUAUGGGACUCCAGUCCCAUAUCCAGCUCUAUAUCCUCCUGGGAGUAUCUAUGCUCAUCCAAGCAUGGCAGUGACUCCAAGUGCUGUUCAGCAAAGUACAGAGAUUGAAGGGAAGGGAGCUGAUGGAAAGGAAUCAAAAAAGUUGAAAGGAACUUCUGCAAAUACAGGUUCCAAAGCAGAAGAGAGUGGAAAGGGAGGGUCAGGUUCAGGCAAUGAUGGCAUGUCGCAAAGUGGUGAAAGUGGUUCAGAGGGUUCAUCAAAUGCUAGUGAUGAGAAUACUAACCAACAGGAAUCAGCUACAAACAAGAAGGGAAGCUUUGAGCUGAUGCUUGUUGAUGGAGCCAAUGCACAGAACAAUUCCGCUGGUGCAAUUGCUCAAUCUGUUGUGCCUGGAAAGCCUGUUGUCUCAAUGCCAGCAACUAAUCUUAAUAUUGGAAUGGACUUGUGGAAUGCAUCAUCUGGUGGUGGCGAAGCUGCAAAAAUGAGACAUAAUCAGUCUGGUACCCCAGGAGUUGUUGCCCUUGGUGAACAAUGGAUACAAGAUGAACGUGAGCUGAAAAGACAGAAGAGGAAACAGUCGAACAGAGAGUCAGCUAGGAGGUCAAGAUUACGCAAGCAGGCUGAGUGCGAAGAUUUACAAAAGAGGGUGGAGACACUGGGAGGUGAGAAUCGAACACUCAGAGAAGAGCUUCAGAGACUUUCUGAAGAAUGCGAGAAGCUUACAUCUGAAAACAAUUCAAUCAAGGAAGAGUUGGAACGGAUGUGUGGGCCAGAAGCAGUUGCUAACCUUGGAUGA